AUGUUAGGCAUCAGACCGCUUGCCAGGAUCCCCAAGAUGGGUUUCGUGAGCAGAACUACGCCAUUGGCCAAAUUGACCAUCCCCAGAGCCCAUUUGCUUCCAGCUCGUCGCCUAGCAUUCCCCAUUCUCCCCGGCAUUUCCAGAGCCUAUUCCACCAAAACGGCUCCUCCACCUCCACCGCCACCCAAGAGUGAUAAAAACGCUCGUGGCAAGGCCAUUCUCUCCAGAAUCACCAGAUUCUUCACAUUUUCGGCCGCUACCGGUAUGGUCAUUGGAGCUGUAGCUGUGUCUGGACUCGUCAUAUACCUCAUUCUACUGGAGCUCUUCUUGCCUUCUGGAGAUACAAGAACGUUUAAUAAGGCAUUGAAGGAGGUGGAAAACAGUGCUGCUGCUCAGCAAGCGCUUGGCUUCAACCAGGGCGACAGACUUAAGGCUUUUGGUGAGACUGGUGGAGACAGAUGGACUAGAAACAGACCUGCUCAGAGCACCAAGAAGAGAGGCCCUGAUGGUAAGGACAGAAUGGUGAUGCGUUUCCAUGUUGUCAGUCCGCAUGGGCGUCAUGCUAGUGUUAUACUAGAGCAGAUCGAUACCUCUUGGUGGAGUUCGGAGUUCUCUUACAUUGCGCUUGAAAUGCCUAACCGCAAGAUUGUCUAUGUGAUUGAACCUAAGUUUCUGCCAAAGAACUUUGCUCCACGCGGUGCUGGUUUCGGCAAAGGCACCGGCUUUUUGGGCUUGAACUGGGGUCCUAAGAAGGACUAG